CGAGUGGAGGAGAGAGAGAGCAAAAGCGAGAAGCACACAUUGCUUCCCCACUGCAGCUGUGAGAAGCAGGGAGAGGAGAGCUCUCAUCUGAUCAGCAGUAGUAACAAUACAGGGCUAAAUACAUACUUGGCCUAAAGAUCAAUACAGUCAGCAAAAGAUGCUAGGAGAGUGAGAGAGAAGCCUCUUGGAGAUCAGUGUACAGCGAGAGAAAGGUACCGGCACCAGAGGGAAGAGAGAGAUAAACCGAGGGAAAUUGGGUGCAGGAUUAGUCAUCGCCACAGGAAAACCACUGCUUGAAUUUAAGAUCCUAUCAGAAGUCUGCCGGUAAGCACGGGGGUGUCAGGAGAGCCCUAUCUCUAGGUACGAGGCUCUAACGCCGUGGUGGUUCACCAUGGGCCCUGCACGAGGCUGGCUGCUGGGCCUGGUUCUACUCCUUCUGGGGACCCAGGCUGCUCUAUCCCCAUCCGGUGAGGAGGGGAAGCUGGUCCGGACCAUCAGGGUCAGACGACAGGCACCUUCAGAUGGCCCCACCAGCCAAUCUAACAACCAGACCAUCAAGGAGCAGCCAAUGGUCUUCAACCAUGUGUACAACAUCAACGUGCCCCUAGAGUCUCUGUGCUCGGUGGAUCUGGAUUCAGCAGUGCCUCCACCUAGCCAGGCCACUAGAGGGGCUGUGUCCAGUGGGGGUGGGGAGGGCGCCACGGAGUUCACAGAGCAGACAGUGGACGCAGACAGCCAGGUCACCUUCACCCACCGCAUCAACAUCCCCAAACAGGCCUGCGCCUGUCCUACAGCCAACAUCGUGCAGCAGCUGGCCAUCCGCAUCGAGAUGUUGGAGAGAGAGGUGUUGCUGCUGAGAGCCCAGUGCAGCUCUGGCAACUGUGGCUGUGGGGAGAGUUCAUCCAUGGGUCACCUGGACUUCAUUCCCCAGUGCAGUGGCCAUGGCAGCUUCAAAAUGGACCUGUGUGGCUGUGUGUGUGAGGACAGCUGGACGGGCAAGAACUGCUCUGAGCCGCGCUGCCCAGACGACUGCUCCGGACAGGGAGUGUGUAUGGAGGGUGAGUGUGUGUGUGACAGUGACUUCGGAGGGGACAACUGCUCGGAGCCCCGCUGCCCGGCGGACUGCUCCGGUCGAGGGCUGUGCAUGGAUGGGGAGUGUAUCUGUGAGGAGAACUUCACUGGAGAGGACUGUACACUGGGACGCUGCCUCAAUGACUGCUCUGACCAGGGGCUGUGCACCAACGGAACCUGCCAGUGUCGCCCGGGAUACGUAGGAGAAGACUGCUCCUUGGCCUACUGCGCCAACAACUGCAGUCAGAAGGGCAUUUGUAAAGAAGGCUUCUGUGUCUGCCAAGAUGGCUUCGCUGGAGAAGACUGCUCUGCAGUGGCUCCGGCUCUGAACUUGCGCAUGCGGGGAGUGACGGAGCAUACCAUUGACCUGGAGUGGGAGGGGUCAGUGUUGAUGACGGACUACCUGGUCACCUACGUGGCCACCAGCCCAGGUGGGGUCCAGCUGGAGAUCAGGAUCCCUGGGAACACCACCUCCUGCAGUAUCCCAGACCUGGAGCCUGGCAUCGAGUACAACAUCAACGUCUACGCUGUGCUCAACAACGUCAUCAGUGCCCCUACCAACACUCAGGUGUCAACCUAUCUCUCAAAUCCAGACGGUUUACUCUUCAAAUCCAUCACGGAGACAUCCGUGGAGGUGCAGUGGCAACCUUUCUACUACUCAUUUGAUGGCUGGGAAAUAAGCUUCAUUCCCAAGGACAAUGAUGGAGGGAUGACAGCCCAGCUACCCAGCACCAUCACUUCGUUCCACCAGACAGGCCUGAGGCCAGGGGAGGAGUAUACCGUCAACCUGGUAGCUCUGAGGGACCAAGGCCGCAGCCAGCCUGUAUCUGCCACCGUCACCACAUUGAUUGAUGGGCCGACACAGCUGAUAGUGCGUGAUGUCUCGGACUCGGUGGCCUUCGUGGAGUGGACCAAUCCCAAGGCCAAGAUGGACCAGAUAGUGCUGCGUUAUGGCCUGGUAGGAGGGGACAGGCCCAAGACUACUUUCCGUCUGCAGCCCACCCUCAGCCAGUACUCCCUGCAGAUGCUGAGGCCAGGCUCGCGCUAUGAGGUGUCCAUCAGUGGUGUUCGCAAGGGCAAUGAGAGUGGAACAAUCUCCACAGAAUUCAGCACCGUUCUGGUGUUCCUCUCAGAGAUCGACGCCCCCAAGAACUUGCGAGUGCUGUCCAAGUUCUCCACCACCCUGGAGCUGGAGUGGGACAACAGCGAGGCGGAGGUAGAGGGGUACCAGGUGGUCUACAGCACCCUAGCAGGGGACCAAUACGAGAAGGUCAUUGUCCCACUCAACGAUGGACCCACCAGCAAGACCACACUCACAAACUUGUUGCCAGGUACAGAGUAUGGCAUUGGCAUAUCGGCUAUGCUUGGCACCAACCAGAGUUCUCCUGCCACAAUGAACGCCAGAACUGGUCUGGAUGUCCCCAUGGACCUGACUGUGACGGCGUCCACAGACAACACCAUCACCCUGCUGUGGGGGGUGGUCCAGGGGCCUAUCGACCACUACAUGGUUACCUACACCUCCUCAUCUGGCCUGACCACGGAGGUGACCGUCCCCAAGGACGUGACCACCACCACGCUCAAUGACCUGGAGCCAGGCACAGAAUACACCAUCACUGUAGCUGCCCAGAGGGGAAGGCAGCAAAGCACUGCAGCCACCAUUGAUGGCUUCACAGGCUCCCGCCCCAUCAUAGCACUCUACUUGUCUGAUGUCACAUGGGACUCGGUGACGGUGGCAUGGAGCGCCCCUGCCCCACCCGCAGACCUCUACAUCCUCACCUAUAGCUCUGAGGACGGCACUGACACGUCCAAGGUUACCCUGGAUGGAUCCAAGACCCGGUCCUCUAUCAAGGGACUCCUGCCCUCCACAGAGUACACCAUCAGCCUUAUCACCAUACAUGGAGAGGUGAAGUCUGAGGCUGUCACAGCCACGCUCACCACAGGAAUGGAUCCACCUAAAGAGAUGACUGUGUCAUAUGCCACUGAAGACUCCGUCAUCAUAUCAUGGUUGAGACCAUUCGCUCCCUUCGACUACUACAAGAUGUCCUAUCAAUCAGCAAGAGGGACAGUGGACAGCGUGGUAAUUGACAAUGACGUCACUAACUACACCCUGUCCAGCCUCCACCCAGCAACAGAGUAUGAGAUCAACCUGAACGUUGUGCGGGGCAGCCAGGAGAGCAAGUCCAUCACCACCAGUGUCUUCACAGCGAUGGACAUGCCAAUGGAACUAACAGCCCUCAACAUUACCCCACAAGGAGCUUUACUCCGGUGGAACCCUCCUCUGUCCAGCGUUGACAACUACGUGUUCACCCUCACCUGCAACCAGGUGACAGCUAAUACCUUCCUGGUGGAAGGUGUGAAACAGGAGCACCAGCUUAGUAAACUCAAGCCCAGCACCACUUACUCUGUAGCCCUCUACGCCACCAAGGGACCCUUGACCAGUGGAACCGUCAUCGCCAACUUUGAAACACCCAUGGACGCUCCUCUGAACCUGACGGCUAGCGAGGUGAACCACCGCAGUGCCCUCAUCUCCUGGCAACCGCCCAUCGCAGACAUCGACAACUACAUGCUCACAUACAAGUCAGUGGAUGGCAACAGAAAGGAGCUGAUCCUGGAUGCCGAGGACACUUGGAUCCGUCUGGAGGGGCUGCAGAGACCACAGAAUACACUGUGAGGUUGCAGGCUGCCAGGGGAUUAAGAGACCA